AUGGCUCUGCUUGGCCUACGCAUGUCUGAGUACUUCGGAGAGAUUUCUUCUGUCGCUCCCGCUGGAGAGAUACAACAGGAAGAGCUCGACGAAAAGUGGAAGAGGCUCGACCGGGCCGCAGUCUUGGCGUCUGCAACGCCCGACUCCCAUAUGCGUGGCAUUGUUCUCUCUAUGGUUUCGUCUCUAUCUACUCUGGCCCACGCUAUCAAGCAUGCCUCAUUCAGCAAAGCAGCUGUGGAGCAGCUAUGGGAGCCCGUCGACCACUCUCUUAAUGUUAUACGAGUUGAAGUCAUCUACCGUUUGAGGCCCAGCCCAGACAAUCGGAUUGCUAAGCUGGACUUGUAUGGCUUGGCAAUAUCACUGAGGAGAAAGAGUACCGAAGCCUUGGCUGGCUAUGCCGCUGGGGUCGAUUCGGGGAAUAUGAAACCCGUACCAGAGUCCGAGCUCGCACGGUUCGAUUUUUGCACACGAGAGAUCGCCAACUACGUGGAACUUGUGGCGGAUUUCCUCUUCCGUGUAGACAACCCUCCCUCUUCUAUGAAGACAUCUUGGGCUCACUUCAAGUCUAGUGUCAAAAAAUGGAUCAAGGCACCGAUGUUCAAGCGAUUGAAUCCUCCGACCCCCUGGCUUGUUCGACUGGCUUAUCCGAUUCGCUCUGGUGUGGGUGCUUGUGUCGCUGGUUGGAUCAUACUGGCGCUUGGAGAAACUUUGGAGCCUGUUAGGGCUUACGGGCUGUGGAUGAUGCUGCCCUGUGUAUUCUGUUUCUUGCCAACCCCUGGUGCCUCGCUGGUGAAAGGCACACGAAGGAUUCUGGGCACCGUCUGUGCUGGCGCUAUUGCUAUUGCUUGUGUUAGUAUCCAUCCUUAUAAUAACUCUGCUUUUUUCGUCGAGUUGUUCGUUGUGUCUUUCAUUGGUAAGUUGCUAAAGUGCAGCCCUAAAAUUGAUUAUGCUGGUCUAGUCUUUGCUUUUACUUGGGUUAUCGUGGGCCUCGCUGCUGGGACCGAUACCCAUCUAGACAAGAACGAUAUGGUGCUCCGCUCUGUGUAUCGAGCCAUCUUGACUACAUGUGGCGUUGUCCUGGCUACCCUCAUUUCUACUUUAAUGGUGCCAGAGUUCGCUUAUGGUCGUUUGAGACGUGCUACUGCCCGAGCUAUUGAGAAGCAGGGCGAAAUGGUUGCGGAUGCUGUGAAGUUGAUGCAAGACGCAGAGCCUGCGGCGACAGUACAUAACACGUUCGAUGAGAGGGUUAUUUCGGCUGGUGAUGAGCUGCUAGAGCUCAGGAGCGAGCGAUGGUGUCAGGUCGUCGACGCCACAGUCGAAACGAAGCUGUUUUCCUGUCUGAGGGGACUGCUCAGAAGUGAUGAGCGUCGUGUGAAUGCCGCACAUAUUAUUGCAUGCCAGCCCCUUUUGGACCGCUUGAACCGGCGUACGAUGGUUGUUGUGACUGCGGCAGGGUCGUUCCACCCACGUCCUGGUAAAGGCUCCGAUGAAAUCGAGGAGGUUUUAGCCGCCCUCACGCCUUUCAUAUCGGACAUGGCGGCUGCCGGCGCGGAACUCGCUGAUGUUACGAACAAUCACGGAAGCCAUCUCGGGUUGUGGGACUCGCGUUCGAGGAAAUUCGAUGAGGCUCUGAGAGUUCUGACAAAGGUUGAGCGUAAGAUGCGAACAGCUAUUCCAGUAUCUUGGAGACGACGGGCGACGGAAGACUUGGAUGAGGCGAAGGAGGAGGAAUUCAGUGAUGUGUAUGCUAUCUUGCGAGCCUUAUCUCUGUUUAUGGAAACUUGGCGAGAUGUAGAGCAUAUGAUGUAUUUCGGCUACGUGAAGGAAGCUGUCAAUCCAUUCGAGGUUGGAUCCCUGGGCAGAAGUCGUGAGAUGAUUAGAAUUCCCACAAGGGCUGUGGCACGUCUCCGUGAGUACUCUACUGCCAGCGAUGUUGAGUCGACCCACGAUGCUGCCACUGUGGAUGGAACACCCGUGCGGGAUGUGCGGCAUUCUUAA